GGCCGCUGCAGUUUUUUGUUUUUGUUUUCGUGAUACAAUCCUCCUGUGUGUGUGUGUGUGUGUGUGUGUGUGUUUGUGUUUACACUAUUUCGGCAUAGCUCGAGACUGACAAUUCGUUCAUUUGGUAAUUUCAACAGAUCGAUGGCAUCGCCGCUGUGAUGAUACCCAUUCUCUGCGGCAUCCUCGUCACUGCUUAUUAUUGCUUCGCGAACUAUCGCAAAAUUUGCACUUACUUGGCUGACAACAACAUUAUUGAUCUCACAAUGAGUGACGAUGAGUUUUGUGAUCCAAAAGCUGCUGAAAAGCGAUGGCAAAGCGCUCAAGCAAGUACCAGUGUAAAUCAAGGUUCCAGUCUCUUUUCUUGGUCAUCGACAAAAAGAAAGCCACCUUCUGGUUUAGAGAAUGUUAACAGUCCAUUAAAGCGUCAAAAAACAACUAAAGCAACUCACCAUGUUAUUGAUAAAGCAGACAACAUUGCAAUAAUAACUGAUGAUGAAGAUGAAGACGAUAAAAGAUCAAUUCCUCUUAUAAAGAAAAUUGACACAGAAGUAAAAACACCUAUAAAAGAAGAGAAAACACCAGCAAAAGGAACACCUAUAAAAGAAGAGAAAACACCUUUUAAAACAACCCCUGCAAAAGUAAGUCCUGGGAAUUAUGUAUCACCUCCAAAAUCAACAUUACAAGAAAAAGUUCUUAAACAACUUUACAAUAUUAUGGGUAAUAAAAAGAGCAGAUACGAAGAUAUUAAAUUACCUCCGGGCUUGCCACCAAUGAUUGCUGGAGUUCCAGUUAAGUUUCCUGUGACACCUUAUAGAAGUCAAAUCGCUGUGAUGAAUGCUGUCAUCAAAGGUUGCACAAAAUCAGAACAUUGUCUGUUAGAGAGUCCAACCGGGAGUGGCAAAACAUUGGCUUUACUAUGCGCAGCGCUGGCAUUCCAAACACAUCUUGAGGAAAAUCCCCAGGGCGACGAUAAAAAGACGUCAAAAUCCGGCGUUCCGAGCCCUAAUGGAGCCGAUACGUGCUGCAGCAAACCUGGUAAAAAAGGCAAAUGCGAAGAUUACGACGACGAAGGAUGGGACCCUUUGAAAGAAAUAAAUUCGGCGCCAAGAGUGCCGAAAAUUUAUUACGGCUCGAGAACUCACAAACAGAUCGAGCAAGUGAUAAGGGAGUUCAAGAAAACUUGCUACCACGACAAGCGAAUGACGAUACUGAGCAGCCGCGAGCACACGUGCAUCCAUCACAAAGUCGAGGGUCUCAGCAAGACGGCGCUGUGCAACGAGCUGCGCGAUCCGCUGAAGAACAAGAAGGGCUGUCCCUUCUACAACGAGGGUAACAAGGGCGCGCUGUCGAGCCACGACAGACUCGCGGCCGUGGGUCUGGAAACGCCCUGGGACAUCGAGGAUAUCGUCGCCGUCGGCAAGCAGGCCAACGCCUGUCCCUACUUCGGGGCGCGCAAUCUCAUGGGCGACGCCAGCAUCAUUUUCUGCCCUUACAAUUACCUCAUCGAUCCCUCGAUUCGCGAGAGCAUGGGCAUCGAUCUGACGAACGAGAUAGUGAUCGUCGACGAGGCGCACAACAUCGAGAGCAUCUGCAGGGACGCAGGGAGCGCGGAGUUUCGCGAGGACGCGCUGCUCGAGGCCGCCGAGGACUGCCACCUUCUCUUCAAUCUCACGAAAAACUCCUACUACGACGUCAUAAACAAGUACCUGCUGAAGCUACACGAGGUCAUCAACGACGUCUACGUGCCGGAGUCGAGCACCAAGUACGGCGAGACCCACAGCGACUUCUGGAAGGGCAACGAGCUCUGGACCAAGUUGACCGCGAACGGCCUGGGCGAGGACAAUUACUCGGCGUUCAAAGUCGCCUGCCGCACCGCCAUCAACGAGUACAAUCAGGCGAAGGAAGACAUAGCGAACGAAGUCGAUCGGGAGGACGACGACGACGACGGUAGGAGUAAGAAAAAUGAAAAGAGGAGGAAGAAGCUCAAAGAUCCGACCACCAUAUCGCACAUCACGAAAAAUUUGUUGGUUCUGAUGGAGAUGGCUUUGAUGUGCGUGAAAGAUGCCGAGUUCACUCAAGACUAUCGAUGCGUCAUCAGUAAGGCUUAUCACCAGGACGUCAAAACCAAGCCGGCGAAAAGCGGCGAGUGGGUCGAGACUCGCGGCGAGGUCAAGAAACCUCAAUUCUUGCGCACCCUCAAAUUCUUGUGCAUGAACCCGGCCAUCAUCUUCCGCGGCAUGGCCCGCAAUACGAGGAGCGUCAUCUUGGCCUCGGGCACGCUGUCGCCCACCACGACCUUCGAGGGCGAGCUCGGCCUGACCUUCGCCCAUCAGCUGCACGCCAAUCACGUGAUAACCAAGGACCAGGUGUACGUACGGCCCAUCGGCCGCGGCCCCAACGGCGUCAGUCUCAGAGCCGUCUACGCCAACGUGGGCACGUUCGAUUUCAAGGACGAGCUGGGCUCGCUGCUGGUGCAAGUGUGCGAGACCGUGCCGCACGGCGUUCUGUGCUUCUUCUCGUCCUACGCCAUGAUGACGGGCCAGCUGGAGCGCUGGCAGGAGACCGGCGUCUGGGGCAGACUUGAGGCGCACAAGUGCAUCGUCCAGGAGCCGAGAUACAGCGGCGACCUCGACGCAAUGAUGCGCGAGUAUCGCGACGCGAUACGCGACACCGCCGCGGGCAGAUCGCAAGCCACCGGUCGGGACGGCGCCCUCAUGUUCGCCGUUUUUCGCGGCAAAGUCGCCGAGGGCAUCGACUUUAGCGACAACGAGGCGCGAUGCGUAAUCACGGUCGGCAUACCGUAUGCUGUGAGGACCGAACCUAGUGUCAAAAUGAAAAUGGAGUAUAACGAUCAACCGAUGAACAAAGCACGUAAAUUGCUCAGCGGGAGCGAAUGGUACAACGUGCAAGCUUACAGGGCCUUGAAUCAAGCGCUUGGAAGAUGUAUUCGACAUCGCAACGAUUGGGGCGCGAUAUUGCUCGUCGACGAGAGAUUCCUCUGGGCUAAUACUAUGACCUAUUUACCAAAAUGGGUCAGAGAGAUGAAACGAGAUAAUAAUCAAUUCAACUUGAAGGACGAUUUAAAGAAGUUUGUCAAUGAACGAAAGGCUCACGAUGAUAAGACGAAAAGACUGAGCAAUUGAUGGAAUAUUGUUUUAAACAGUAUUUUUUGAUGUUACAACUGUGUUUGUGUCAUCGUUUCAGAUUUGAAGUUCCGUUUUCUGUUAAAUGUAUAAGUGUUUUUACUUUUGUAAAAAAAAAUUAAAAAUUUUUCCGAAGAAUGUUUACUUGUUCACAAAGUAUUACUAUAAAGUAGUUUUAGUAUUAGUGUUAGGAUUCAGACUCGAAGUUACUUGAACAUAAUUGCGUGUUCAAAUAAUUUUUAAUUCAUUUCAAAUACAUUCCUCAAAAAUUUUAAAUUCUCACAAUUUGAUCUAUAAGUUAUUCAACUAAGUGAACUGUUUUUCAAACUAACAUAGUUAAAAACCUAAAAAAUUGAGCCAUGACCAUGUUAUGACAAUCAAUUAAUUUUCUAAGACUAUUUUUAUUUUAUUCUAUUAAUUUAUUACUUUUUUCACACUCUCGCGUAAUUAAGCUUGUAGUUUUACUUAUUUUACAUAUAUGUAUUGCCUGUUUUCUUUGUUCAACUAUUUUUUCAAUGAUGUUCGUUCUUGAUUUGUUACAUUUGUAAAAAAUCUCAAAAGAUAUUUGUUUUAAUGUUUUUCGCAAUUAUAAGUAUUUGAUUAUCA